AUGAAGGAAGGAAACGACGGGUUUGUCCGAGCAGAUCAGAUUGAUCUAAAGAGCUUAGAUGAGCAACUAGAGAGGCAUUUAAGCAGAGCUUUGACUUUAGAGAAGAACAAGAAGAGAGACGAAGAAGAAUCCGCCGCCGCCAUCGGAGCCUCCGCCUCCUCCUCUCCCGUCGCUGCUCUCAACGGCGGUUUCGUUGGGCAGAGGAAACAGAGGCUUGAGUGGGAGAUCGAUCCUUCUAAGCUUAUCAUCAAGACCGUUCUUGCACGUGGCACAUUCGGUACCGUUCAUCGUGGUAUCUACGACGGUCAAGAUGUCGCCGUGAAGCUGCUUGAUUGGGGUGAAGAAGGGCAUAGAUCAGAAGCUGAGAUUGUGUCUUUGAGGGCAGAUUUUGCUCAGGAAGUUGCCGUUUGGCAUAAACUGGACCAUCCUAAUGUUACCAAGUUCAUAGGAGCUACAAUGGGUGCAUCAGGGUUACAGCUACAAACGGAGAGUGGUCCUCUAGCAAUGCCGAACAAUAUAUGCUGUGUUGUUGUUGAAUAUCUUCAAGGUGGUGCUUUGAAAUCUUUCUUGAUCAAGAACAGAAGAAGAAAGUUAGCAUUUAAAGUUGUUGUUCAGCUCGCUCUUGACCUCGCUAGGGGGUUGAGUUACCUUCAUUCACAGAAGAUUGUUCACCGUGACGUAAAGACAGAGAACAUGUUGUUAGACAAAACCCGGACUGUCAAAAUCGCUGAUUUUGGAGUUGCUAGAGUUGAAGCAUCUAACCCUAAUGACAUGACAGGAGAGACUGGCACACUUGGUUACAUGGCUCCUGAGGUUCUCAAUGGGAACCCUUAUAAUCGAAAAUGCGAUGUGUAUAGUUUUGGUAUCUGCUUAUGGGAGAUAUAUUGCUGUGACAUGCCAUACCCUGAUCUUACUUUCUCUGAAGUCACUUCAGCUGUCGUCCGCCAGAACCUGAGACCAGAUAUACCGAGGUGUUGCCCGAGCGCGCUUGCAGCUGUGAUGAAGCGAUGCUGGGAUGCAAAUCCAGACAAGAGACCGGAGAUGGACGAGGUUGUGCCGAUGUUGGAGAGUAUUGAUACGACUAAAGGAGGAGGGAUGAUCCCUGCUGACCAGCAACAGGGUUGCCUCUGCUUCCGAAGGAAACGUGGUCCUUAA